AUGGCGCAGAAUGCAGGUGUUACCAACUGGGACGGGAAACACUGGGAUAACGGGUUCCGGUUUAAUGCGCCUUGUCAACAAGCCCUACGCGAACCCAGGUAUGAAGUGCCUGGGGAUGAAACACGGAUUUCCCUACCAUUGAGCGCCUUUGAAGUCUGAGAAUCUGCCAGGGAGCAACGGGUCUGUUGUUUUGCUGAUUGUAAUUAGGGGUAGUACCAAGUAUGAAAGGGUGUCUACUAAUCAGGUUUGAAUGUGUUCUUGUUCCAUUGCGCAAUUACGCUCACUGUAGAGCCCUUACAACCAGCGAUAUAGCAAUUGACUGUCAAGUGUGUAAUGGGUCGACACACGACAGUUCACAAAUCCGAAGUCAGGAAGGACGGAUUACUUUGGACAGGUUUUACUGAUGCGAAAUAGGGUGUGGGAGGUUCAGCAAGCAGGUGCAUCAAGCUCCCUCCACAUGCGUAUGUGUAUAUUUGUGGGGUGUAGGGGUGGCGAGCGGGGGGUUCACGUGACGGGCGUAGUAGGCCGCUCACUUGCUUGCAGGUGUUUACUACGCCUAGCGUCGACUAACUGACACCCAAAUCUCAAAUGUGGCUCCCCGAAGAUAGGCUCUCCGUGGCGGCUGCACCAAGCUACCCGAUUCGGCCGGUGGGUUAGACCAGGUGAGGGUCUCCGUGUAUGCAUCUCCACACACGGUAAUUCUGCUCCCUCUCACCUCCGCUGGUCGCACGCACCACCACAUCGACACUUCGCAGGUGUGAUCCCGUCUGUAACCCCGCAGGAGGCCACAAGCGCUCGACAAGCCGCUGACACAGUGGCUGGAAGACCUGCCACCUUCCCCUGUCCCUACUCUCUCUCCUACCUACCUACCCUACUCUACUCUCUUACCCCACGGUCGAAAUCCCAACGAGGAGAGAAACAACAAUCACUUAGGUGGUCCAGGGCAUUGGUCGUUCUUUCACUAAACCUAAUGACACAUAACAGAGAGUGGUAUCCGUCUGGUGCGACAAAACAACCUUAUUUGAGGAGAGCACUGCUUUCCGCUGGAAGGAUCCCAUAAAAGAUGCCCUAAACAAAAGCUGGGUUCAUAAAAAUCUGCGCGCAGACCGUGGCUUGCUGACGCAAAACACACAGUCAAAACAACCAAACAAGAAACAAUGUUCUCUGUCUUUCCCCCAAACCUCCUCAACGCCGCCUGGUAGGGUGAGUCCGCUCACUCUGGCAGCCUGGAGCUUUCGCUCCCUUUUAGACUGCCCGAGGAGCAACCGGCCGUAACGGGGGACGGCGCUGGUCGCGGGGAGACUGGCGCACUACAAGGUGGGUAUCGCAGGGCUCAGCGGAACCCGCUUCUCCGAACAAGGUAAACUGGAGGAGGUGGGUGCCGGCUACACCCUCUUCUGGAGCGGUCGCUCCAAGGCAGAGCGGCAGGACACAGGCGUUGCCUUUGUCAUCCGGAACGACACUGUGGGACGAUUGACCUAUCCACCACAGGGUGUAAACACUCGCCUGAUGCGCCUCCGUCUGCCACUCUGGGGAGGAAAAUUCGCCAUAAUCAUCUGCGUCUACACCCACCCGAUGACCAGCCCCGACACCGCAAGGGACAAAUUCUACGAGGACCUGCACACCCUCUUGGUGACUGUUUCGAAGGCGGAUAAGGUGACUGGCCUUUGUGACUUCGACGCCCGCGUCGGCACAGAUCACGCUGCCUGGAGAGGGGUCCUGGGUCCCCAUGUUCUCAACAGCUCCAAUGACAACGACCUGCUUCUUCUAUGA